GUUGCCGUCGCCGCCGCCGUUGACGCCUUGACCUUGUGCUCUCUCUCUCUUUCUCAGCUCACACCGCCAAGAAUUUUGGGAAAACACCCCUCCAUAACGCACAACUGGCGACAACAACAACGCGCAACGACGCGUAAAUGGCCACGACGACGACAUUGUCACUGCGCACGACUAGGUGAAGUGCGCGUACGAACAGCUGGCACUACGCACUCGCCGCAGCGGCGCUGCUCUGCGUCAUCAUCGGCGUCUUGGCACUGGAAUACUCGCGAUAACUCGGCGACAUGUUCUCCAUCUCCUCGCCGACGACAGUAGCCUUCGACCCAGAGGACCCGCACCUCGAAGUCAUCGUCACGCCGUCGGCGUCAGCCUUCUACGCUGGUGAGACGUUCUCCGCGGUCAUCACGCUACGCAAUACGCGCGUUCCCAUCCACACCGCCGCGCCAAAUGUCACCGAUACGAGCGAAGGUGUCAGUGCGACGGGGUUGAACCUGCUUCCCGGCGCCAAGGCGUCGUCGUCGACGUCGACGUCGGUCAACUCGCCCGCCCCUUCAGCGACGCCCACGGUGGCCAGCCCAGAUCUGAGCUCUCCCGGCGGCUCGAUAUGGCGCGGCGAGCAUACGCGCCGGUCGUCACUCAAUACGCACACUCGGAGGUCACAGAGUCUGGCGCUGAGCAAGGGAAUUAUCAGCCCGCAGGAGAUGGUGUGGGCUCUCGGCGGCGGGGUGGAAACCCCAAGCAGGUCACCAGAGCCAGCAGCUAGCGAGCCACCGCCAUCGCCCCUGCCGCCGACACUGCCUGCCCGAAGAUCACCUGGGAUUCCGGUGUCCCACCCCCACGCGCGCAAGAUUUCCGUUGCGAGCACCGCGUUCAUGACAUCGCCCGAUCCCGACAUGGGCAGAUUUGCGACACCGCCGCCGACAGCAGGGAUUACCGAGGGUGACGGCGUCACGCCAGGCAGUCAAGUCUCUGCGCCGCCGACUCCUCAAACACCGACCAUCUCCGUUGAUGAAGCUGUUGGUGCGCUGGCGGAAACCCCCGGGCCGUCACGGAACGGGUCUUCGCGGGUAUCGCCCUCCCCGUCUCCGUCAUUACCUGAUGUUGCCGAGGAGCCACACACCACACCUGUCCGCCAGCAGUUGAGAAUCGUUCCGCCACCGCCGAAUGGACGCGUUCCAAGUCCCACCUCGUCCGUGUCGGAUGCUGGCAGCGAGUCGGGUCGACGGCCUCCCUCUGCGCGGCUGUCGCACUCGCGAUCACCAACGUAUCACAACCCCGGCGAAUUGCUUUCCCCUCCGCCGCAGCACCCUUCGGCUCGGAAUCGACCGCCGGUUCAAAUCGGCGUGACCAGCGUUCUAUGGGGUUACACGCGUCUGAUUGCACGCUUCGCUCCUUCGACCCAGCAUAUCCCACCAGACCCAUUGUUGCCACUACGCGCUCAGCUGUUGCAUCAGCCAAUUGGCUCUGGGUCUCUGGCACCGUCGGAUGCGUCGCGGCCUGGAGGUUCGCGGUGGUCAUUCAACUUUGGAACUGGCACUAUUGGCCAGGCGACACAGCCAAGCUUGACCGGAAGCUUGUUUGGCCUUGCGAAGGGGCUAGUGAUGGGUGGAACUGGCGGAAGUCUGGAAGAGGAACGCAAGCGGGUGUGGAACACGCAGGAGCUGCCGGUUUUGGAAACGACGCGAAGCCUGAUCGGCGUGGAUAUCAAGCUUGCGGAGGGAGAGAGCCGAGAUUCAUUUAAAGGCAAAGCGAUUCGGUUCUCCUACGACCUCGUCGUGUCGCUCAACGUGGCAUUACCGGGUGGCCGGAAGCAGCGUGCCAAAGAAAUCACCAUUCCAAUUCGGGUGUGGCCCCAUGUGACGCUUGGGCAGCCAUUGAGGGCAUAUGACGUCCUCCAACCCGUAAUUCAGACCACGGAGACGGGUAAUGUGGUCGAGGAGCGGCAAGCCGCGUCGUCGGUGCCCCGCACAGUACGGCCAGAGAUAGUGCACGCGCCGCCACGGCUGAAAGCCGACUCUCUGGGCGCCUACGCACAGCGAUUACUGCGGACGCUGGAGCCGACGGCGGACGGCGUGCCGCGUGUUCCGCCGUCGCCAAGCAAGGCGUUCUCGCCUCUCGAGCCGUUAUCUCCCUCACGUGGUCCAGGGCUCAAGAGCCCGGGCCUCCCACGAACGCCAUCAAACUCGCACUUCCUCCUGGCACCCAGUGUCAGCCCGAUGGGGCAGCGACGGGCACGUGCGACGAGCUUUGUCGCUGGCGAUGACGAGCUCGUCGAGGAGGGGCAACGAUCCGGCGAGGCUGUCGAGAUUUUGUCGCGGCAUUCGCCGAAGGCAUCUUACGACAUUCGACAGGAAGGCGAAGUCGUCGCCGUGCUGACGCUGAUCAAGACGACGUACCGCCUCGGCGAAACGGUUCUUGGCGUGGUAACUUUCAACAACGAGUCUACCCGUCGAGUUCUCAAGUGCUCGGCUUUCCUCGAGACACACGAGGUGGUGCCAGAAUCGUUGCUCCCACCGUCGGCUAGCCACGCGGGGAAAGCACGAUCACCCGAGCUGCGUCGCGUCCAUGCGGACAGCCAGUCGGGAUACGCACUGCACACUUCCCGAAUCAGUUUCACACUGGAUAUCCCUUCAGACGCGGCACCGGCAUUUGGGGUCGCCGCGGGCGGUGAGGGCCGACCAGGCGGUGUGGAAUGGCGUGUGCGUCUCGCGUUUCUCGUUUCAUCGCCGCCUUCGCAGAAGGGCAACGGGCACGCACGGCGGCCGAGCGGCAACCCGCCUCGAAAGAGUGCCGAAGCGCGGCGCAGCCUGUCUCAAAGUCCCGAGAAGCGCCGGAGUGAAGAGAAGCGGCCUGCGCCGUCCACAUCGUCUGUUAGCCUCCUCCCCGUGGCCCCCGGCGACGGCGACAACCAGCCCUUUGUUGCGUCUGCUGGGCUCGCGCCGCUCUUCGCACCCGGUGGCACGACCAAUCCCGAGCUCUGGACCGAGACACGGGCCGAGACGGUGGAAUGUGAGGUGCCCGUGCAGGUGCUUGCGGGAAGCACGGCGUUUGUCGUACGCCCAAGCGUGCACACGGUAUAAGGAGGUAGUGGGGAAGUAGCGGCACGCGGCGGCAGCCAUGGGCGAUUGCCUCAGUCAUAGAGAGACAGAUGCAUCGUCGUCGAAGGGAG